AUGGAAGAGUAUGAAGAAAACUGUUGUCAUUUCUUAAAGGGAAAGAAUACUGCCCUUAUCUAUGUUGAUGAAGAAGGAACCCUGGAAAUUCCCUUUGUAAAAGAUGUUAAGCCCUUUAAGAAUCCUUGCUUAAAUCCUGAAGGAUUAAAAGAACUUGGCUCUUUCGAGGCUCGCGUUCUGGCGGUUAAAGCAGGAAAUCAUAACGGAAAGAUGAUAGAGAGAGUAAUUGAAGAACUCUCAAGACUAGAUAUAAAGAUAGAUGCCUUUGUUUUAACAGAAGAAGAUGCUUCACUUAUAAAGAAGUAUUAUAGAAGCUAG